AUGAAGUUCUUCGCAAUCGUUGCGGUCUUCUCAAUGGUAUAUGCCGAUCCAGAAACUGCCAUGGAAAACGUAACUCCAUUCGACUCUGUGGACACCGAUGGUAAUGGAGGCAUCGACUAUAACGAGUUUGAGAAAUGGCAUAAAACAAAACUAGGAGAAAAAAGCGAGUCAAAAAUUAAAGGAAUUUUUGCUCAAUAUGACGUUUCACAUGAUCAAACGUUGGAUGUGUCCGAGUUUGUCCCGCUAGCGUACGAGGUCAGCCGUAAGCCUGUCGAUACAGCUGAGCAGAUUUUCAAGCGUAUGGAUUUAAACAAUGAUCAUAUUGUUGAUCUAAACGAAGCAAACACAGCUCGCAAGGAAUACGACGCAAGUAUUAUUGAUGGUGUGUUGGCUGUCGCUGAUGUGAAUAACGAUGGACAACUUACAUAUGAGGAAUUCACUGCACACCUCAACUAUAACAAACCAAAGACCAGAAAGGAAAUCGAGAAGGAAAUGGCCUAUCAAAUCCUGAACUAUAUCGACGUGGAUCGAGACGGAAAACUAUCACAAGAGGAGAUUUUCUCGUUCGCCAGUAUCUACAACAAGCUUUCCAAGGAAGAAAUCGCUGAUGUGGUCGCCACUUUGGACGUGAACAAGGAUGGAUUUUUGACCGUUGGAGAGCUGGAACGAAUUCCGGGAAAAAUGUCACAAUUGGCUAAUAUUCAGCCACCACCUACCGUAUAG